AUGGCCGAAGACAAAGUGCUGCCCUACCCCAACCUCGCCUUACCGCAGGAACACUUUAUAUUAACCCAACCGCACCUCUCGCACCUACACGACAAUGCACGUGCGGCACUACUCCGCGGGAUCGAGGCGGACGCGAUGAGCGCCUAUUACCGGCUCGUCGUCGAGUCGGGCGUCGUGCAGCUCGAUCAGGCGUUGUUGGAUAAGAUGGAGAAGGAGAACAAUGAGGAGCUGGAGAGGCUGGAUAAGAAGCUGAAGGAGAGCGAGGAGAUGGAGGGCGAGACGGAUAUCGCAGAGUGUUUGAGGGCAAAGGCAUUCUAUCUCACCCGAAUCGGCGAGAAAAAGAAAGCCCUGGACGCGCAUGACGUCGCGCUAGAAAAGACGCCCGGCGUCGGCUCGCGAAUAGACAUCGCGCUCACGCGCACGCGCAUCGGCUUCUUCUUCGGCGACAACGACCUGAUCUCCACCGCCCUCACCCGCGCCGAAGAGCUCGUCGAAAAGGGCGGCGACUGGGACAGGCGCAACAGGCUCAAGGUCUACCAGGGCCUGCACGCCCUCUCGAUCCGCCAGUUCGCGCGCGGCGCGGACCUGUUCAUCGACGCGCUCUCCACCUUCACCGCCACAGAGCUCCUGCCGUAUAACGACUUUGUCGCGCUCACGAUUCUGAGCGGGACGUUGACGCUUGAGCGUGUCGAGUUGAAGAAGAAGAUUAUAUCGGCGAGCGAUGUGGUGCAGGUGUUGCCGGAACUACCGACAUUGGCGGAUUAUAUCAAGCACCUAUAUGACUGCCACUAUGACAAGUUCUUCCGCGCACUCGCUGAGAUCGAGCAGACCCAUCUACUCCCCUCCCGCCUCCUACACCAACACACGCGGUACUACGUCCGCGAGAUGCGCAUCCUCGCCUACGCCCAGCUCCUCCAAUCAUACCAAUCGCUCACGCUCGAGAGCCUGAGCGCAGCAUUCGGCGUCACCGUCGACUUUAUGGACAAUGAACUCUCGCGCUUCAUCGCCUCUGGGAGGUUACACGCCACGAUCGACAAGGUCCACGGGAUCGUCGAGACGACGAGGCCGCCGACGAAGAGCGCGCAGACGGACGCUGUGCUGAGGAAGGGCGAUGUCUUGCUUAAUAGCGUGCAGCGAUUGAGUAAGGUGUUGUAUUGA